GCCCUGAGCAGAUGCUGCCAGUGCUCUUGUCUGCCUGUGCUUUUCACUUUGGGACAAAGUUCUAUAAUCAUAUCUCAUGGAUUUGUUUUCUCCACACUAUAAAGGCUGAAUUGUGAAGAUCUCAUCAUGCCAUAAAGGGCAGCUAAGCCAUGGUCUUGGGGCUGCUAAAGAUUUCUUUGCCUUUUUUCUUUUCCUUUUUUCGAGAUGUAUAUCAGGAAAAGGCUUUGCCUUUAGAGAGAAAUUUUACUGCACUUGCUAAUAAUGUAUAAUAAUAUAAAAUUUAAUGGCAGACCUUGAAGUGUAUAAAAACUUAAGUCCAGAAAAAGUUGAAAGAUGCAUGAGUGUAAUGCAGUCCGGGACACAGAUGAUCAAACUGAAACGUGGUACCAAAGGGCUUGUGCGGCUCUUUUACCUGGAUGAGCACCGGACCCGCCUGCGAUGGAGACCCUCUAGGAAGAGUGAGAAGGCAAAAAUACUUAUUGACUCCAUUUACAAAGUCACCGAGGGUCGGCAGUCUGAAAUAUUCCACAGACAAGCCGAGGGGAACUUUGAUCCCAGCUGCUGCUUCACCAUCUACCAUGGCAACCAUAUGGAGUCCCUGGACCUCAUCACCUCCAACCCCGAGGAGGCCCGCACCUGGAUCACAGGCCUCAAGUACCUGAUGGCCGGCAUCAGCGACGAGGACUCCCUGGCCAAACGGCAGAGGACGCAUGAGCAAUAUCCUCUCUGGAGCUUUAAUUUUGAGCUCAGUGCAUCAUGUUGCUUGGUCUGUCCGCUGGCUGCCCUUGCUCUGAGAGAGCUGCAGCAGCUCCGGACAUAG